GUGUGUGUGCGUGCGUGCGUGUGUGUGUGUGUAGGGGGAGUGUUGGUGGCUACUGGGUGGAGAGAAGAGGGAACACGAGGGAGAAAAAAGAACUGGGAGAGGUUGACUGAAGAACAGAAGGAGAGAAAAGAAAGGAAAUACAGUGUGCCAGAAGCGGGGGCACGGCCGGAUAGGCUAUAAGAAGUAAGCAACAAGAAAAAGAAAGGUGGCAGGCGAAAGGAUCUCUCUUCGUAGCAAGGUCUGUUUUUGGGAAAUCGUUAUAAAGAAUAGAAAAGACAGCAUUCCAAAGAGAGGAAACAAGGGAAUGGGCCUUAAUAUAACCAACUCAGGGAUUCAUUGCUGAGUCAACAAUCAGAUAUUUUUAACAGGUUAUUUAAUUUGCCAGACAUUUCAAUAACUGCCUCAAGUGGAAAUAAUUAUUGCAAUUAUUUUCUAACAUCAUACUCUUCCUUUUUAUGCCUAUGCAAUUCUUUGACUGGUAACUAAUUCCUCAAUGCUUUAAACAUUACCCUCUGCACUGCAGGUUUAAUGAGAAUUCAGUCAACACAAGCAGUCAAAUUGGAAGUAAAAAGUCAACUGUGCUCUUUAUAAGAAUACUUCAAAAGUGAAACAUUGCAAAAUGGCUACAACGUUUGCAUUUGGGAAGUAUACUCAUGCAGUGGUGCGAGCCGUCCCUGAUACCUUUGGCAAAAAGGAUGGUGACAAGGAUGAGCAGGGAGCUGAACUUGACUUGGCCAAAGCACAGCGCCAGUAUGGUGUCUACACCGGAAUCCUACGGCAGAAGCUGGGGCUACAGCUGAUUGAAAUACCGGCAGACAGUGGGCUACCUGACAGUUGGCGUGUGGAAGACAUUGCUAUAGUCCAGGGAGACACGGCGCUCAUCACAAGGCCCUGGAGUGCCAGUCGACGUAAAGAGGUGGAUGCAGUCAAGAAGGUCCUGGAGGAGUUGAAAUUGAGAAUAGUGGAGGUGACGGACCAAGAAGCUACUUUGGAUGGAAGUGAUGUGUUGUUCACAGGAAGGGAGUUCUUCGUGGGACUGUCAUCGCGGACCAAUCACAAAGGAGCGGAAGCGGUAGCUGAUACAUUCCGGGAUUUUGCUGUCUCAACUGUAUCAGUUCAUGGCUCCACACACCUCAAGAACCUUUGCAGCAUGGCAGGCUCGGACACCAUUGUUAUUGGCAGCAGUGAUGGUGCCAAAAAAGCUUUGAAGAUGAUGGAACAACUCACGGACCAUCACUAUGAAAUCCUAACAGUCCCAGAUGAUGCCGCAGCCAACUGCAUCUACGUCAAAGUGGGAUCAAACAGCAACUAUCUGUUGCACAGAAGUGCCGAUGAGUGUCCAGAGAGUGCAACUGCUUUCCAAAAGCUGCCUGACUACACCCUGGUGCCCACAGCCUGCAGUGAGGUCUCAAAGCUAGGAGGGACUUUGUCUUCCUGCUCUUUGCUUAUCAAUCGGAAGCUGGAACUGUAGUCAACUCCAUCAAACUUGUUUUGAAAAUUUUGUAUUCAGUGGAAGGAUGAAAAAGUCUCAGCCUUGUACUCCAAUAAAAAAAGGGGGGGGGGGGGGGCAGGGAUGUCCUAGGAGGUGGUGGUUAGAGGCAUGACAAUAGGUGCCAGUAGUCCAACCUGUGAAGUGUAAAUUGUAACCCUGCCUCACACUUCUAAAAUACCAGACUAAAUACAAUAGCAUCCACUUUCCAAGUAUGUCUGUCUUCUUCCUUCCCAGUGAGCCUUUCCCCCAAAUUCACCUCAUAACUUCAAUUUUUAGAAGGAAGCGGCCUUUAAGCGGUUACUUUCUGGACAAACAACUCAUUCAGUGUGGAUGUCAGGGUACUUUUGGUGGUCACUGGUGUCCCUGUUUCCCAGUCUCUUGUACUCAUUUAAUGGUCUACUCAUGGCCUUCCUGCCCUUGAAGUCUGAGAACCCCCUCCUUAUUAUCACCAAGCAGGUUGGAGCAAAUUCAAGUUGUGUUCUUCUAUUUCCCCCAUGACAGCUCUUUCAAAUGCCCUUGGGAAUUAGGAUUUGGAGUGGUCUUUACAUUUAUGGAUGCUGCCACUCCCUGAUAUCUUUCUACGAUAGCUAGUGUGUGUCAUUUUUUUUAGUAUUUGUCAGAUCUUUCACUCAUUUUCUUCCAACUUCACAUCCCUUCUGGCUCUAGAAACCUCUUGUCAGCCAGGCCAUCUGCUACACUUAGCUCCUGGACUACACUCCUGCUCCCAGACCUGCAUAUGAAGUGACAGAUACAUACAGUAGAUACUGCACUCAUCUGAAUAUAGUGUAAGUGUGAGAUAUGGUGUAUGAGGUUAGCAACUCCAGUAGAUCCGAGCCUAGUACAGUCUGCUGAAAGAAGUUCCCAGUGCAGUAUAUUUAUGUGAAGUGAUUAACCUGACACUUUCUAACAUUCUUCUUUUUUAAUCUUAGGCUAUUUUAAUUGAAAUGAUUGUAGGGUAGAAUGGAGUGAGAAUUGGGGGGAGUUGGGUGCCUUAUGUGGGUAAUGGAGUCCCAGCAUCUCUUUUCUGCUUCCAAUAAACAAUGCUGCUUGAUGUGCACAGCAAAGGCCUGGCAUUACUAAGUGCAUCAGACUGGUCCAUGAUGGCGGCCGUUGUCACCAAGGUUUAACAGAGGAUUGUUAACUUGGGUCUUGACUGAGGUCACCAUUUUGAUUCCUAUGAGGUGUGAAUGAGUUCAAACAAAAAUUAUAUUCAUAUUUUUGAAGUAGAGUUAAAUUCUUUUCUAGAAACUACUGAUAUCUGAAAGGUAUAAACUGAACCAAUUUACCAAAAAUGAAAAUGCCAACUGAACCUUUUUUGUUUCAUUUAUUUCAUGGUUUCAGUUCCCAUCUUGAGUGAUGCCUCUUCUUUGCUGGACUUAUUUUUCCUUUUUUUUAAAACACGGAUUAAUAUUGUUAUAAAGAAACUAUGAAUUUUUUAAACAUAAAUAACUUCAAUGUCUUUCUUUACUAAUCGCACUGCAGUUAUGAGUUUGUUAUUGAAAAAAAAGCAUAUUAAAACUAAGCUGUGAAUGAAAAAAUGUA